UACAUAGAACCACAAAAUCUAACAGGAGUCUCAGAAUUCCUCCUCCUGGAACUUUCCAUGGAUCUAGAACUGCAGCCCAUUGUCUGUGGCCUGUUCCUGUUCAUGUACUUGGUCACAGUGCUUGGGAACCUGCUCAUCAUCCUAGCUGUCUGCUCUGACUCCCACCUGCAUACCCCCAUGUACUUCUUCCUCUCCAUCCUGUCGCUGGCUGACAUUUGUUUCGUCUCCACCACAAUUCCAAAGAUGAUUCUAAACAUCCUAACUCACAGCAGACUCAUCUCCUAUGUGGGCUGCCUGACUCAGAUAGCUUUCAUUGUGCUUUUUGGAGGUAUGGAUGAUAUGCUGCUGACCGUGAUGGCCUAUGACCGGUUUGUGGCCAUCUGUCACCCCCUGCACUACCAGGGCAUCAUGAACCCAAGCCUCUGUGGAAUCUUAGUUUUGAUGUCUUUUCUUCUUAGCCUUUUGGAAUCCCAGCUACAUAAUUUUAUAAUAUUACAAGUCACCUGCUUCAAGGAUGUGCAAAUUUCCAAUUUCUUCUGUGACCCUUCUCAACUCCUCAGUCUCGCCUGUUCUGACACCUUCAUCAAUAAUAUAAUCAUGUACUUCUUUGGUGCCAUAUUCGGUUUUCUUCCUCUCUCAGGGAUCCUGUUCUCUUACUAUAAAAUUGUUUCCUCCAUUCUUAGAGUCCCAUCAUUUGGUGGGAAAUACAAAGCCUUCUCCACCUGUGGGUCUCACCUGUCAGUUAUUUGCCUAUUUUAUGGAACAGCCCUUGGGGUGUACCUCAGUUCAGCUGUGUCACCCUCCCUCAGGAAAGAUGCAGUGGCCACUGUGAUGUACACUGUGGUCACCCCCAUGCUCAACCCCUUUAUCUACAGCCUGAGAAACAGGGACAUUAAAAGUGCCCUGUUGAGGCUGCACAGAUAA